AUGAUCGGCACUUCUCAAGCUUUGAAUGUUUUAAAAGAGAAAUCUGCCGAUCCAAACAUGUUGAAGGAUCAGCCUUCUCUUGCGAUCGAUGGAAAUGCUGUUGAUCCUAGCAAUGCUGCUAUUAGUGCUGGUCCUCUGAGAGUUGAUACUUCGAAUAAUGCGUCUCCUUCCCGGAUGCAGUCAGUCUACCUCGGAGGUUAUGACAAUAUGAUUGGCAGAUCAGGCACAUGUUUUCCAGAUACCAAUGUUGAGUGCUUGGAAAAUGGUUCUCAUGGCAUCUGCAGUGAUACUUCAUCUCAUCUAUUCCAUGGCUACUCUCAAAUGCUACAAAGAUCACAUGCCCCAUUCAUGCCAUCACCGCCUUCUAUUAGUGGUCAUGGCCGGUUUUAUGAUGCACGAGGGCUGCCUAACUCAGAUCCUCGUUAUCACCAGCCCCUUGUUUCACCAAACACUUCAUAUGUUGCCUCACAAAACCUAUUUUGUCAAACUAAAUUGCCAGUCAACAUUGAGCUGCCAGGUGAUGACAACAUAUUGGGGCCUAGGCCUAGUUACAUGCCUCCGUUGGGAUCUUUCGGUGAUGGAAGCAGCUUUUCUCGACACUCUGGUGGUUUGAAAUUAUUGCAGCAAGGGUUUGAAGGAAUUGAAAAUGGUGAAUUGUGGGCAAAUUGGUCAAAAUCCUUAGAUGAGAAGAGUUCAUUGGCCCAUUUUUCUUCACAAGCUGCUUCUCCAAAGCAAAUCAGUUCAGUAGGUUUGUCUGUGAACCAUUGUGGAAUGGUUUCUCAACAAAAAGAAUUGUUUUAUUGGCUUAGAUCUCUUCAGAGUUCCAGCUAUAAAUAUGUUCCUCAAGGGGGAAGGUGCAAUGACUUUUCGUGUAGUUGUACUAUUGCACUUGAUACGCUAAGCGAACGGAAUAGGGGACCUAGGGCAUUCAAGCCUAGGAGUCAGUCAACAGAAAAUGCAUCUGCAGUUGAUAACCACCAGAAGGCAGUUGCUGAUGUUCAUAGCGAGUCUUACAACCAACCGGAUUUUGUUACUGAUUAUAAGGACGCAAAGUUCUUUGUUAUCAAAUCAUACAGUGAAGAUAAUGUCCAUAAGAGUAUAAAGUAUGGCGUUUGGGCAAGCACCCCGAAUGGCAACAAGAAAUUAGAUUCUGCUUAUCGUGAAGCAAAGGAAAAACAUGGGACAUGCCCCAUCUUUCUGUUAUUUUCGGGAACAUUAAAAGCUGAGAACGUGAAUAUGAUCAAUGUUUUGUGUGCCUAUCCUAGGGCAGAUUGUUGGUUUUCACUCUUGAAGUUGAAGCAAAAGAUCCCUGAGGUGAAUGCCAGUGCACAGUUCUGUGGAGUUGCUGAGAUGGUUGGACCUGUGGACUUUGACAAGAAUGUGGAUUUCUGGCAACAGGAUAAGUGGUCUGGGCAGUUCCCUGUGAAGUGGCAUAUUAUUAAAGAUGUCCCCAACAGUCAGUUUCGUCACAUUGUGCUGGAAAACAAUGACAACAAGCCAGUUACUAACAGUAGAGAUACUCAAGGGGUGGAGCUGGAACUGGGUGUUGAGAUGUUAGGCAUAUUUAAAAACUAUGAAAGCCACUCUUCCAUCCUAGAUGAUUUUCAUUUUUAUGAAGAAAGGCAGAAAGUUAUGCAGGUGAGGAAAUCGAGGCCACAAAUAAGCAUGGCUUCUACUCCAGUGGUUGGAGUUGGUGAACAAAAGCCCAUUCCGUAUUCUAAUGACUUGAUAAAGAAAAUGUCAAAGAGCUUUGCUGAAGCUGUUUUGCUGAAGGAGAAUGAAAGAGCGCAUUCUCGCUCACAGCUGCUGCAAGAGAUGAUGGGAGCUGAACCUGAAAAACGAAGCUGA